AUGGCUGCCUGGGGCGCGAUCCGACCGGGUGUUGAUGCCAUUGAAAGGGGCCGAAAAUUCGCUGGGAUGAUCGAUACGAUCCUGAAAAUGGGAGAGCCGAUCGGAACGCUUCUCCUAAAAAGUGUCCAGACGACGCUUGAGGCCGACAGCCCGGAGGUGCAGGCGGGCAAUGAGUUCGCCGUGUGGAUGAAGGAGCGGGACCAAAAAAUGGUAAAGAUUGCGCAUUCAACCGGUUUCGUGUGGGAUGAUCAGACGGUCUAUGAUUGGAAUUCGGCCAUCCGAAACCGCUUCAUCCCCGUUCAAACCAUGUUCAAGCUACGGUUUUUACUUCCGGAACCGGCCGACGUAAAUGAAGAUUUUCUAAAAGUCUGCCGGAAAUUUGACUACUUCGAAAAGUUGCGGGUAAUUGCGAAGUAUUUCGUUGACGCCUGCCCGAUGCCCACUUUGGUCCGUGUGCAGCGUACCGUCAACGCCCUCAAGGCGUUCAGACGUAUCGAAGCGAAAUGUACGUUUGAAAGAUAUCUGGUUCUAAUCACGCCAAAGAUGAUGCCGGAAUUGAUGGCAGACUAUCACGUCCACAAGUCUAAAUACAUCCUCAACUUGACCAGUGAUACGGAGCUGAUCAAUAUGCUUCGUCAGGACUCGAAAAUAAUGUGGCCGCUGAUCAGCGCCGACCUCGACGAAUUUCACCCGGCCCCGAAGAUGAAUCGAUUCGGGAAGAAGCUGCUGAAAGUGGCGUUGACUGGGGGACCGUGUGCAGGUAAAUCGACGGCUAUGCAAGAGCUUUGCGAGCGGAUUGAUGAAGAAUUCGGAAACGAGUGGCAGGUCUUCAAAGCCGCCGAAGCUUCGAGUCUAUUGUAUUCGGGCGGAGUGGCGCGUAGCCAAUUGAAUGACAUCCAACUGGAGCAAUGGCAACUCGAUAUGCUGUCCAUGAUCAUUCGAAUUGAAGCCGUUUUCGAGAAAAUUGCCGAGAAUGAGCCCACGAAACACACGCUGAUUCUGUGUGAUCGCGGAGCCCUCGACCCGAAAGUAUUCACCCCGGAGCCAAUGUGGACCAAUAUACUCAAAAAACUUCAAACCGACGAAGAAACGCUGUAUUCUCGCUACGAUCAGGUCAUUCAGCUCCAAACGGCACCGAGGUGCAACUACACGAAUAAGAACAAAUUCCGGCGAGAAGACUAUGAGCACGCAGCGAAGAUCAACAAGGAAUUCACCAGGGUAUGGCGCCAUCAUCCGAAUUUUGUGAAUAUUCUGGACAAUAGGGAUGAUUCGUGGGAGGAAAAGCUGGCCGAAACAUGGGUUACGUUGAAAUCGACCCUGGAAAAGACGUCGGCCGAA